AUGAAAAUACAUGGAAUGCCGGCCAAACUCAUUGCCCUGAUUAAGGCCUUUUAUCGGUCCACCACCGCACGAGUUCUGGUCCACAACAAUUCCUCUCAACCGUUCGAUAUUCGGUCUGGUGUCCGACAGGGCUGCGUACUGUCGCUCAUUCUGUUUAACUACGUAGAUGACUGGAUUCGCGGGAAGGCCUUACAUGAAGAAGACGGUAUUGAGCUUGCACCCGGACGCCGGCUGACUAAUCUCGACUUCGCCGAUGAUCUUGCGCUGCUAGCCUCAAGCUUUUAUGGUCUACAAUCUGUAGUGUCGCGGGUAACUGUCGGUUGGCAUGUCCAUAAAUUCCGGAAAGAUGCAGUUAUGUUCGAGCUGCAUCCCUGGCAAGGAGAAGGUACCCCUGGGGAUAACCGACAAUCAGCUUGA